AUGAAUAAUUCAGCUAAACUUAAGAUUUACCACAAAAAGGCUAUUAGCGUAGCAACAAGCAACGAGUUUAAAAGCGACAUUAUCGAGGAACUUACAGAGGAGAUUGAGAAUUUGGGGGAAAAACGAGAGGUUGACGGUCUUUCUUUAAGUGAGGUCGUUGAAUCAGAGAUUGUUGGAGUUUCCGUUAACUUUGUUGAGCUUAGGGAAGUCAUUGGGUUUGAAGUUGACAUAGGUCUAGUCGGACCCGAAAAAUUUGUAACUGAUUCUGAAAAACCUGAAACUUUCGUAGCAGUCCUGGUCGGAACUGACGUUGUCGUGACUUCCUCUGACGAUAGGCAUGGCUAUUCAAGUUAUUAUAGUAGGCUCGGGGCACCUUUCGUUCCCGUGACAGUCGCACCAGUCACCGUUGUCUCUGGCGUUAUUGAAGCAGACGUUGAGAGCCAUGGCGAUUUUGUGACAAAUGUGGUUGGUCCAGACGUUGUGGUUGGUCCAGACGUUUUUGUGGACAACAUUGACGGGCCUGAAACUCAA